AUGCCUCUACCUGCCAGAACUGUGUCACUGGCUCCAGGGAAGAUAUUAUCAGGGUAUGCCCAUCAAAUAAAUCAACAAUUAUAUGACAAAUUGCACACUGCAAAUAGCAUACCUCUGCCUAAUAGCAAUCAAGUUCGGUAUGGGAUGGUGCAGUGUGCCAGACAUAUAAGCAAAACAGCUUGUGGGGAUUGUUUGAAUCAGCUUGGCAUGGCUAUACAGCAAGGACAGGUGGGGUGGAGAAUUUUGGGAGCAAGUUGCUUUAUAAGGUAUGAGGAGUUCUCCUUCGCUUUGCAAUCAUCUGCUGCUCAGCCAGCACCGCCACCAAGUCCCACCACGGUACCUCCGACUAAGCAAGGUGAGUCUAACAGGUUGAGUGAUGAGGAUCAUACAGGAAUUGGAUAG